AUGGUGAACGUGAUUAGAAGCGUAGUCUUACUUUCCCUGGUGCUUCAGUCAUCAUGUAUGCAGUUCAAGAUACCUCAGGUUGAAAAGGUAGUGGCGAAGGUUAUGAACAAGUUCGCACCAUAUGUGCACAACAAAGGACAGCACUCCGAUACCGCAGUCAUCUCAGCAAAGGAAGACAUGUCCCAGAUCAUUCCUCGUGCGACCCCUUAUUGGUACGAACAAAUCUCACAUCAAGGAAAAUCCGCAUGGGGUCCUUCAGGAUACCAAGUUUACCGCAACGUGAAAGAUUAUGGAGCAAAAGGUGAUGGCGUUACCGAUGAUACUGCAGCUAUCAAUGCGGCUAUUAGUGCCGGUGGAAGAUGUGGUCAAGGAUGUUCCUCGACAUCAACUACACCCGCAGUUGUCUAUUUUCCAUCUGGAACCUACGUGAUAUCAUCAUCGAUAGUAGACUACUACUUCACUCAAAUCAUUGGUAACCCAAACAGCUUACCGACUCUUAAAGCCACACCUAAUUUUGUUGGUUUCGGUUUGAUCGAUGCAAAUCCAUACUACUCCCCUGUCCUUAAUUGGGGCUCCACCAAUGUAUUUCUGAGGCAAAUUCGCAACAUAAUCUUUGAUAUGACUAGCAUUCCAGCUGGAACCACGGCUACAGGUCUGCAUUGGCCAACUUCCCAAGCAACAAGUUUACAAAAUGUUGUAUUUCAGAUGAGUUCUGCUCCAGGAACUCAACAUACUGGUCUUUUCUGUGAAAGUGGUUCUGCUGGACUUAUAGUUGAUGUUACCUUUAACGGCGGUCUUGUUGGUGCUGCUAUUGGAAACCAGCAAUUUACCAUGCGAAAUCUGGUUUUUAAUAACUGUGUUACGGCAAUCAGCAUGUUCUGGGAUUGGGGAUGGUUGUUCCACGGCAUCAGCAUCAACAAUUGUCAAAAAGGAAUUGAUAUCUCGGCAGGAGGUUCAAGUGCUCAAACUGUGGGAUCUGUCAUCUUGAUCGACAGCUCAAUCACCAAUACCCCGAUCGGAAUCAUAACUGCUUACACACCUAAUGCGACACCGGAUACAGCUGGUAGUCUCAUACUUGAAAAUGUGGUACUCAGUAAUGUUCCCACAGCUGUUACUUUGAGUGGUGGAUCGACGAUAUUAGCUGGUACAAGUGGAAGCACGACCAUUGCUGGGUGGGGUCAAGGCCGCCAAUAUGUUCCUAGUGGUCACUCUGAUUUCCAAGGCGCCAUCACUCCAAACAGUCGGCCUGCAUCUCUACUCAGUGGAAACAGAUAUUACACUCAAUCGAAACCUCAGUACAAUGGCUUGUCAGUCUCAUCAUUCACGAGCGCAAGGACAAAUGGUGCAGUAGGAGAUGGUACGACCGAUGACACCGUUGCAUUGCAACGCGGAAUCAACAAUGCAGCAAGCGCUGGGAACGUGUUUUUCAUAGAUGCAGGUACUUACAAAGUGACAAGCACAAUAACAAUCCCUCCUGGUUCAAGAAUUGUAGGCGAAUCAUAUUCAACCAUCUUGUCAAGUGGCAGUUUCUUCAAUAAUAUGAAUAGUCCACAACCUGUCGUACGAGUUGGAACGGCUGGUCAGACGGGACAUGUCGAAUGGAGUGAUUGUUUGGUUUCAACACAAGGUCAACAAGCUGGUGCAACGUUAAUCGAAUGGAACCUCGCAAAUUCCGGUUCGACGCCAUCUGGAAUGUGGGACGUGCACACACGAAUUGGUGGUUUCACGGGAUCGAACCUACAAGUUGCUCAAUGCGAGAAAAAUCCAGCCACUACCACGAUCAAUUCGAACUGCAUUGCUGCUUAUAUGGGCAUGCAUAUUACAGCAGGUGCCAGUGGCUUGUACAUGGAAAAUUCGUGGAUUUGGACUGCUGAUCAUGAUUUUGAUGAUCAAGCUUUGAGACAACUCGACAUCUAUGCAGGAAGAGGUCUAUAUAUCGAGAGUACUGCAGGACAAAUCUGGCUUUGGGGUACUGGAGUUGAGCAUUUCACUUUUUACCAGUAUCAAUUCGCCAAUACAAAGAACAUAUUUGCGGGCUUUCUCCAGACCGAAACACCAUACUAUCAACCACAACCGCUUGCCCCAACACCCUUCGGCGUUGUCUCAUCUCUCAAUGAUCCUAACUUUAGUACUUCUUGUGCAGGUUAUUCCGGCAACUGUGCUGCAGCUUGGGGGUUGAGAAUCAUCAAUUCUCAUGAUAUUCUUAUAUACGGAGCGGGACUGUACUCAUUCUUUGAUAAUUAUUCUACCACUUGUUCCAACGCUGGUGGCCCCGAAAACUGUCAAACCAAUAUCUUCAGUCUCGAAGGUACAAUCUCAAACGUCAACAUCUACACCCUCGCUACUGUUGGCACCACAAAUAUGAUUACGAGAAACGGACAGAGUCAAGCGGUGUAUAGUACGAAUAUCAAUGUCUAUCCUACUUUGAUUACAUUGUAUAAGUCUGGUUAG